AUGACUGGUUGCAAACUAUGUCGUACUCCGGUGGCUUUUGGCUCAAAACUCUCCACCGCUGAUGGGUCGACAUUAGUCGAUCCCUAUGAGUAUCGUCAAGUUGUUGGUGCCUUACAAUACCUAACACUUACUCGCCCUGACCUCUCAUAUUCAGUCAAUCAAGCAUGUCAGUUCAUGCAUGCACCCACGACUGCCCACUAUGAUGCAGUCAAGCGUAUCCUUCGAUACCUCAAACACACUCUAAGUGCAGGCAUUGACAUCAACCCAGAUCCAAUCUCUAUCAUCACUGCCUUGACCGACGCCGACUGGGCUGGUUGUUCAGAUACAAGACGAUCUACAACUGGUUUCUGUAUUUUUCUUGGAUCAAAUUUAUUGUCUUGGGGAUCCAAGAAGCAACCUACUGUUUCUCGCUCUAGCUCAGAAUCUGAGUAUAAGGCUCUAGCGGUUACUGCUUCGAAAGUGUUAUGGCUCUCAUAUUUGCUAGAUGACCUUCAUGUUCCCAUUUUCCUUCCACUCAUCAUCAAUUGUGACAAUAUAUCUACAACAUACUUGGCUGCUAAUCCUGUUCUUCAUGCUCGAACCAAACACAUUGAAGUAGACUAUCACUUUGUACGUGAAUUGGUUCUUACCAAAAAGAUCAAGGUGUAG